AGCGGAGGUGAGAACCGAGGCAGAGAAACAGAGGAGCAUGGCUGGGCUGGUGCACCUGUGCGCGGUGUUCAUGUGGACCACAGUGGCUGUCCAGUCGAUUGGCUGGACCACCCGCUACCCGGAGCUGGGUAAACUGGAGAGCCUGCAGUGCAGCUGUACGGAAGGGCAGUGCCAGCCUGCGUUCUGGUGUCGAUUACGCAGCGGUCAGUUCCAGUUCCUGUUCUCCCACAACACGGUGGACAAGUCCACGUACGGCUCGGAGUCCGACAAGCUCCUGUACACGGGCGCCGUUCAGGUGAGCAGCAGGACCACCUACUCCCUGAAGAUCCUGAGGGUGACGAAGGAGGACGCGGGGCUGUACUUCUGCGUCUUAAUGGGCAAAGGAGCCCUGUACCUGGGAUCUGCUGCGGACCUCAGGCUGGGAGAAACGCCUCCUACACUCGCCCCCAUCACCACCACCACCAAGGCAAAGGCCAAGGCCAAGGCCCCCCCAUCCUGCUCCUGUCGUGACCAAGGCAAAACUAAGCCAGGCAAGCCAGUGAAAGGAUGCAGUCCCGCAGUGUUUUGGUCGCUUGUGGGAACACUUGUGACCCUGGCUCUGGUCUUACUGGGCACACUGCUGUACUUUUCGCGUCUUCCCAGGAAGUGUCGCCACCGUAUUGCCAAAGGUCGUUGUCAGGCUAAAGAAUAGGUCACACAGCCAACCCGUGACAAGAAGGGUUCCCAGUUCAGAGGCUUUUAACUGGAUCCAGUUCACCACGGAACCAUAGGAGUGGAAUCACAUGCUUCGUCCCGAUGGCUUCUGCAAGUUUGUUCUGUUUGGUUCUGUUCUCCAUUUGGACUUUUAAAGGGGUUGGCUAAGGGAAUAUGUAAAAAUUUUGAUGGUAUGUUAAUUCUUUAAAAAGGUUGACCCCUUUACUCUGUGAGAUGAAGUCUCUCUCUCUUGUUACGGUAUGACUGACUAGAAUGUACUUCUCAUUUUCAUACAGUAUAUACUUUCACAUAACGCACACACACACACACACGCACACUUGUAAAAAAUGUUUGAUAUUUUUAUAUGUGUGAUUUAUUUUGGGAUAUUUGUAUGACUGUGUUUUUUGAAUGACUGUAUUUUCUAAAUUUGACAAAAAGUAUUUCAUUGACUGGUCAGGAAUCUAUUUACUUUACACACAUUCUUAAAUUACAACUGAUGUUAUGACCAAAAGCUUUUUCUGUGCUGCAUUUAUCUAGUGCCAUCUUGUUAAAAUAAAAUGUAAAUAUUUAUGCUAUAAUUAGAUUCA